GAUGUCUCCGCAUUCGCAUAUCACCCUCCGUCGCGUAUUUUACUUGCUGCUAUAUUUUAUUAAUAUAGACCUGCGAUUUUAAUUAUGAGUGUAGUUUUUCAUACAGAUAAUUUUUUAUUUCCAUUCGAUGCUUGAGUGAAGUUAGAAGUUUUUAAACACGCGUUGAUGUCUUUUACUGAGUGACUUCCCAGAAAUUUAGAAGGAACAGUGUAGACUUUUAUACUGCAAGAUACGAAAAUAUGGCGACCGAAGGUGACAUGUUGCUGACCACAGAAAAUGUGACGGACUUCUUAUCUGCAGGCGAGGCCGGCCGCUCCAUCAACGUCCCGGGCUUGGUGGCCAUCAUCAUCUUCUAUCUCCUGAUCCUGGGCAUCGGGCUGUGGGCAGCAUGGCGCAACAAAAACGCGGAGAACAGCGCCGAGGAUGUCAUGCUGGCAGGCAGGGACAUCGGCAUCUUCGUGGGCUGCUUGACUAUGACAGCAACAUGGGUCGGCGGAGGCUACAUAAACGGGUCGGCGGAGGCAGUGUUCACGAGCGGCCUCGUCUGGUGUCAGGCGCCCUUCGGUUAUGCCAUCAGCCUGACGCUGGGCGGUUUGUUCUUCGCCCGUAAGAUGCGCGACGCCCGCUACGUGACCAUGCUGGACCCGCUGCAGAACGUGUUCGGGCAGCGCUGGGGAGCCAUGCUGUACCUCCCUGCCCUCGCCGGAGAGACGCUGUGGUCGGCAGCAAUCCUGAGCGCCUUGGGCUCGACCUUGGCUGUGAUCCUCGACCUCUCGAACAACGUGUCGAUCAUCGUGUCGGCCGCCAUCGCCGUGGUGUACACGCUCUUCGGAGGCCUCUACUCCGUCGCCUACACAGACGUCGUCCAGCUCUUCUGCAUCUUUAUUGGGCUGUGGAUAACCAUCCCGUUCGCCCUGGUGCACGAGGCCGUCGGGUCGCUGCGCCUCAACGAAACCGACUGGCUGGGCUCCAUCUCCGAGGACACGCCGUGGGUCUGGGGCGAGUGGACUGACUUCGCCGUCCUCCUCAUCUUCGGGGGAAUCCCGUGGCAGGUAUACUUCCAGCGCGUCCUGUCGGCCCGCAGCAGCAAACAAGCCCAAAUGCUGUCAUUCGUGGGUUCCUUUGGCUGUUUCUUCAUGGCAGUUCCAGCUUGUAUUAUCGGAGCCAUCGCCAAGGCCACAGAUUGGGACCAGACGGAUUACACCAAGGACAUCACACAGAAAGAUCAGGCCAAGCUGGUUCUUCCUCUCGUAAUGCAGUAUCUCACUCCGCAGUGGGUCGCCUUCUUCGGUCUUGGAGCUGUCAGCGCUGCCGUCAUGUCCUCAGCUGACUCCUCCGUGUUGUCGGCGUCGUCGAUGUUCUCCAAUAACAUCUACAAGAACGUUUUCAGACAGUCUGCGAGCGACCGAGAGUUGGUGUGGGUCAUGCGCUUCACCGUCUUGGUGGUCGCCUGCAUAUCAACGGUGAUCGCCAUCAAAGGAAAUUCUAUCUAUGAGCUUUUCUACCUGUGUGGUGACUUCGUCUUCGUCAUGCUGUUCCCGCAACUUACCCUGGCAGUGCACGCGCCCAACUACGUUAACACGUAUGGUUCCAUCUGUGGAUACGUCCUUGGCUUCAUCCUCAGAAUCUUGGGUGGGGAAAAGGUGCUUGGAAUCCCAGCUGUGAUAAAAUAUCCGUUUUAUAUUGACAACGUUCAGUAUUUCCCCUUCAGGACCCUGGCCAUGGUGGUGACCAUGGUGACCCUCCUGCUGGUGUCUUGGCUCGUGCGGUCCCUUCACAACGCUGGCAAGUUCCCCGACUUCCUGAACGUGAUGUCGCCGGACACGGUGGCCGUCCUGAAGCGGGGCGACGAGGCGGGUCCUGGUGGGAUCGACAACCCGGCGCUCGACGCCUCGACGCCCAGCGAGAAGAAGGCGCCGCCGCCGUCGUACCGCGAGUCCGUCGAAAUGACGCAGUUCUAGACAGUGACGCGGGGGUCGUGUGACACCGCGGACGGCGCUGCAGGAGGCGUUGUCUUUGGCCGGCAGGCGCGUCUCCUCGUGGCCUCUGCUUUAAUGAAAAGACCUUCAUUAGCUCGGCAUUUUUAUUAAGAAAGUCAUUAAGAAAGGAUAUACAGUAGGUAGGCUUUGUACUUAGAGUGUUUGGUGUAUAGUGUGAGUGUAAACUUUUAGAAUUAUGUAUAUAUCUUGACAGGACGCAGCAGCUGUUGUUCAGCGAAAAAAA